ACCAUUGGUGAGAAUAAAAAUGACUAGGGUCAUUUGCCAUUCCAUAUAUUCCAUAGCAUUCAGACCUCUCAGCCAUAUUGGAGAAAAUUCUGCCUAGGAGGACAAUAGACAUCUGAAAUCUGUAAGUUACUCGAGAAAAUAACAUCAGGAAGAGAAAUGGAAAAUGGGACUCUUAAUGAAGACAUGUUGGCCUUUAAGAAGAGUGAUACAAUCCGGAUUUCUAGAGAUAUAUCAGACAAAGAAAAAGCAACAAUUGGCAGAAGAAAAGCCAAUGUGCAGGAUUGUCUUCAGAAGCUUGGAGUUAAUUGUACUAUGAGCAGUGUCCCCAAUAUUGCAAUAUUAGGUUCAGGUGGAGGUCUGAGGGCCAUGAUUGCACUGCAAGGUGUUCUGGUGGAACUUCAGAAACAAGGUUUAUUGGAUGCUGUCAUGUAUCUCUGUGGAGUAUCAGGCUCUACUUGGUGCAUGUCAUAUAUCUACAAGCAUGAGUUAUGGGUGACACAGCUUCCCACUUUGGAAAAGAAGUUGUGUGACAAACUUACAAAUACAGCCUGGGAUCCCAAGAAAGCCCUUGAUGCCCUGGUAGAACAAUGCAAAGAUGACACAUACUCCUUGACUGAUUUAUGGGGUAAUGUUAUUGUCUAUGGAAUGGUACAUGAGCUGGAUGAUCAUAAGCUGUCCGAAGAAAGGAGAGUUUCUUCGCAUGGGAAGGUGCCUUACCCCAUCUAUGCAGCAGUGGAUUCAAGCAAAUUAGCAGAUAAUUCUAAAAUUCACCCAGAGAUAUGGUUUGAAUUUACUCCUGAUGAGGCUGGAUUCAUUCAUUCUGGAGCAUUUGUGGAUAUGAGGCUAUUUGGAAGCGUGUUUGAGAAUGGCAAACUGAGGAAAAUUAAGGAGGAAAAAAGCCUUUCCUAUUUGAGAGGUUUAUGGGGAAGUGCCAUUGCAAGUCCCACAGCAAUAGAAGAUUUUAUUAAGCAGCUGAUUUCUGGAACUGAAAAUUUAGUUUCUGGAUGUCAUUGUCUGCACUGUCGUUCUGCUUCAUGUGUAAUAAAGCUUCUGGUGCAUGCCAUAGAAAACAAGACACAUGAAUACUAUAAUGAACACAUUAGAAAUCUGAUGGAGCUCCUAAAAGCUAGGACAUCUCCACACAUCAUCCAUGAAGAAACAAAAAGAAGCACAUGGGAUGUGUUGAGAAUUCUGAGAAAAACCAUCACUUGCAUCUCUGAAUGGAAAUGGGGGACCAUCUCCAGUUAUCUCUACAAAUUCAGUGGCCUUAAUGACAAGGAUCUGAUAGUACAGAAAGACAUUCAGCUGGUGGAUGCUGGCUUAGCCAUCAAUUCUGCUUACCCUCUUGUCCUGCGUCCAGAGAGAGAGGUCAAACUCAUUCUCUCAUUUGACUUCAGUGAGGGAGAUCCUUUUGAGACUGUCAAACAAGCAGCUCUUUAUUGUAAGGAAAGUCAGAUUCCCUUUCCUGAUAUCGAUGCCUCAGAGCUGGACAAGAGUCAAGACAACCCUUCUGACUGUUACAUCUUUCAAAGCAACAAUGCCCCAGUUGUCAUGCAUUUCCCACUCUUCAAUAAAGUGAACUGCAAAGAUAAAGUAGAUGAAUGGAGAGAAAAAUAUUCCACCCUUAAUCUUUCUUACACGGAAGAGGAAAUCAAAGAUCUUCUAGAAGCAGCAAAAACAAAUGUGAGGAACAAUGCUGGAACAAUCCUGCAGGCCAUUAAAAAUGUAUCCAUUCUUUAAUAGUGUUUUAUCCCAGAGUUAGAUCCUGGGAUUAUAGCCAAAGUUUUCUUAAGCCUUUUAUAAGCUCAACUCAGCUUUAUUUGUCAUGUUAUUAAUUUUUCCAUCUGGCAUAUUGUGAGAUGGAUGCAAAAUUAUUCAUAUUUAUUAAGGACAUACUUUUAAAAAAUCAUGUGGGACUUUUUAUCGUCAGCAAUCUUACUGUCAGUGCAUCCGUGACUAAAACUGGAUGCAACUCCUUGUUUUCAAAUGUUCAAAGACAAUUCUACAUUUUCUCUUAAACCAUUUUCAAACAAGGGCCAGAAUUCACUUGGGGAGGUCCAGGCCCAACUUUAUAAGUGGAUUUAUGACUGUAGGAAAUAGAACAUUUUUGCAACAUCCAUAUUCAGCGACGGGCUAUUCUUAUGUUGUUACAUAGAGGAGCCAGCAAAAUGACCAUUGCACAUCAUUAACUAAAGCAGAUGAGAAAUCCUUGCUAAGUAGUCUAGAUCCCCUGGAAUACUCCAUAUUCAACAGUGUUUUCCUGUUUCUUACAAGUUGGCCACCAGAUGGAGCAUGUCUCAUCUACAAAAGUUAAGCCAUAUAAACUGAUGUUACUAGAAGAAUAUGUAGAUAAUUCAUUUCUGAACAACUUUUAGUCAUGUAUAAAGAGAUCUUAUAACACCUUUGAGACUAAUUGAAAGAAAGAAGUUGGCAGCAUGAGCUUUUGUAGACUUCAGUCGACUUCCUCAGAUGCAUUUAGUAGAGUGGAAAACAGGGACAGACUUAUAUAUGCCAUUGAUAUGUGAGAAUGUCAAUUCAAAUUCAAAAACCUUUAUGUAUGGAAAUUAAAUAGCAAGUCCAGUUUUAAUGAUGGUUUUUAGUGAACAAAGAUAUUGGGAACUGGCCAAUGUGUAUGGAAAUGAAGAGGCAAGACCAGUUUGGCUUUGGAAACUAGUCUAUAGAAGGGGAGAAUACAUAAAUGUAGGAUGUCUUCCUGAGGAUGGGGUCAGAUAGUGUUGCAAUGUCUGUAGUGAGCCAGGAAGCCAUUAUUCCUGUUCAAUCCAUUGCUGAGGGACUGUAGUUUAUGGAUGAAUUCCAAUUCUGCUGUUCAUAUGAUCUAUUACUCAUCAGCUAAAUUAUAUGGAAAAUCAGUGCAAAAGUAUUCUAGAACUCAAUAAAUAUUCCCUAAUUAA